UCGCUGGUGCCGCUGUGCGCCGCCCAACCACGGCGGGAUCGUCAUUGAGAAGGACGAGCGCAGACGGGGAGACCGAGGUCUUAAGAGGACCUUAAGGAUGGUACCGGCACACUGUUGCUCGUCUCCUUAAAGACGGCGAACCGUCAAUCAGUCGCAAAGUCGUCUCUCGCGCGGCGCGACGUAUUAAAAGAUAAAUCUCGUUGCGAUAAACGGAAAUACCGACAAAAAAAUCUCGCCGUUUCGCAAAAUCGUUUGUCGCAAAAUGAGUGGGUCGGGCAAGAGUCUUCUCGGGGUGUGGCUGUACAGGAGAGGCGAGAGCUGGGCCGUCAAGGAAGGAAGUCCGCUACACAAAUCGCGCGACAUCCCCGAGAGUGAGAAUAAUCCGACUAGUGACAACAAGAAUUCUGUGAUAUUUUCCUUGAAGAAUCAAGUCGGUGGCUUGGCACGAGCACUUCAAGUGUUUCAGGAUUUAGGUAUAAACGUUGUGCACAUCGAAUCGAGGAAGUCACAGCGCCGCGUCUCCGAGUACGAUAUCCUCGUAGACGUCGAGUGCGACCCGAAGAGGAUGGAGCAAUUGAUGAAGAUGCUGAGCCGCGAAGUAGCGGCUAUCAAUCUCGCCCAUUACGAGCAGAUCGGAAGUAUACCGCGCGCGCCGUCCCUUUCGACCGCGACAAGCUUCGAUUUUAGCGAGGUAGACAUGCCCUGGUUCCCACGGAAGAUAUCGGACCUAGACCGGGCCCAGAAAGUUCUCAUGUAUGGAUCAGAAUUGGACGCGGACCAUCCUGGCUUCAAGGACACCGUGUAUCGUAAGCGCCGCGAGGAGUUCGCCGAUAUUGCUUACAAUUACAGAUAUGGUCAACCGAUACCGAGGGUGCAGUAUACGCCGGAGGAGAUCAAAACCUGGGGAACCGUUUUCCGCGAACUGCAUCAACUUUAUCAAAAAUACGCGUGCAAAGAAUAUCUGGAAAACUGGCCGAGGCUGGUCAAGUAUUGUGGAUACAGAGAAGACAAUAUACCACAGCUGCAGGAUAUAAACGUCUUCCUGAAGCGAACGACAGGAUUUCAACUUCGCCCGGUCGCGGGAUAUCUGACACCGCGGGACUUCCUUGCCGGCCUCGCUUUCCGAGUGUUCCACUGCACGCAGUACAUUCGACACUCUUCCGAUCCAUUUUACACGCCGGAGCCAGACUGCUGCCACGAAUUGCUGGGCCACAUGCCGCUGCUGGCGAACGCGAGCUUCGCGCAGUUCUCUCAGGAGCUCGGUCUGGCUUCCCUCGGCGCGUCGGACGAAGACAUAGACAAACUGGCAACCCUGUACUUCUUCACGGUGGAGUUCGGUCUGUGCAAGCAAGACGGUAUGCUACGCGUUUACGGGGCCGGUCUGCUGUCAUCGGUGGCGGAGUUGCGACACGCGGUCACCACCCCCGAGAAGACCAUAAGAUUCGAGCCGGACAUCACUUGCAAGCAGGAAUGCAUCAUCACCGCAUUUCAGAAUGCGUAUUAUUAUACGGACAGCAUAGAGGAGGCGAAGGAAAAAAUGCGCGCGUUCGCCAAUCAGAUUCAACGGCCCUUCGGGAUACGCUACAACCCGUAUACCCAGUCGGUGGAGGUGUUGACGGAUGCCCAGAAGAUCACGGCGGUGGUCAGCGAGCUGCGGGGCGAUCUUUGCAUAGUGUCGAACGCCCUGAAGAAGAUCCACGAGCAGGACGACACCAUCGACGUCGAAAGGAUAACGAGCCUGCUGACUCAUGGCAUUGAGAUGCCGCAGGACAGCUCGUCCUCGGACAGCGACGACCAGGACAACAGUCCCAACGCCGAGGAGACUCGUCCUCGGGAAGAUCAGCAAACGCGUCGACAUGACGAAGAGAUCGCAGGCCCAUUAAAUGCUUAAAAAGAUCAGCGUAAAGCUUGAGAAUUAGAUUCUCUGACGGACGCAGAAAUCUCUUUGCUGUCUUAUGUAGAAAUGCCGUAAAAAUCAACGAUUAUAUAGACAUAUAGUAUAAAAUAAGAUAUAAUUAGUUUGAGGUGAGAACUAAAAUUAUUAAACAUGGACGGAUUAAGAUUAUCCUCAUUCAUUUCCUGUUUAUCUAUCUAUAAAGAAGUAUAUUGAUAAUAAAUAAUCUUCAAAUAUAUGUAUAGAAGGAAAGAAAAUAAUUACUUGUAAGAGACGUCAAUAGUCAAAUCACCUCAUUUCAAAGUACAUUUUAGUGUACAUUUAGUCUGCAUUUAGUAUACAUUUAAUGGAUAUUUUAGAACACAUUUUAGCAUGACUAAUAGAUUAGAGCAUUAACUGUGUGUAUUAUGAUAUAUCAUAUGUCAAUGUACAUUGAUGUACAGAUUACGUUUCAUAAAACGUAAUCUUUUAAGCGGAGAUCCCUUCUUCAAAAGAUAGAAGACUUUUACCAAUUGAAUUUGCAGCUUUUAGUCAUAUUCAGUCUCUUCUUGGCGAAAAAUACAGGUCGGAGCGUAAGUUGAGUGUAAGAUGAGAAUGAUAGAAGUGUAAGCAAGACUUCUACGAAGCGCAAAUUGGGACGCUACAUUUGAAAGAAGCGUUUGAAAAGUAAACGACUCUUUUACGUUUCGAUGUUCUAAUUUACGCUUCAUAGAAGUUUCAUUUACGUCUCCCCCCUCUCACUCUCUCUCCCUCUCUCAUCUAUCUUUAUAUGAUAUAUGUACAUUCAACAUUUUCGGCUAUAUCUUUUAAUCCUUCCACGUAUGUACUAUUUCUGUUAAAUGUAUAUAAAUAAUGUGAACGUAGUUAUUGAGAUGUAUAUUGUAAUGGAAUAAAAAUAUAUUGCACAGC